UCUAAAUGUCAGUCAAAGAAAAGCUUCUGAGAAGGAUCCUGAUUGAUGCAGAGUUCUUCCUCAACAACAUUGAUGGAGAUGACCCUUAUGAUCCAGUUGGUGAUGCAAUAAAUGCAGGGCAGAGGAAUCAUCAUAUAGAUGCUUUAGUAUCUGACAUGAAUCCUGAAGAAUACAAGAAAGCCAAUACAGGUAUAAAUGAAGAUGAUCCAGGACUAGGAGAAGAUAAGUUCUUUGAACUCAUUGCAGAAGCAGAAGAAAUGCUCAAAGCUAAUCUUUUCGAAAAAGAGACCUUUAGGAUUCUCUCAAGAGAGUGCACUAUCUUGUACAUUGAGCUAGCCAUUAGAAGUAACAGAAGAGAUGAACAAGCUGAGGACAUACUCACAUUUUUCUUCAAUCACACUACCUGCGAAGAUCAAUUCUAUUGCAGAGCUUUGCUUGCUCAAGCUACAGUGGAGUUCAGGAAGAUAAAUAAGCAACUUCUAAAAGCUGAAGUGAAUCUUGAACAAACCAUGAAUGCAUGGGAGUAUAUUCAAAAAGCUUUGGAUAUCAUCACUAGACCUGAGAACAAGUCAAGAUAUGAGUUCUUGAUCUACAAUGCCGCUAUAACUACUUAUCAAGUCCUUAGACCCCUCAAUAAGCCAAUCUGGUCUCAGCACUUUGUUGCAAUUCUUGAGAAAAUUUCAAAUUUGCUUGAAGAAAAGGAGGAUGCUGAUUUCAAUCUCAGAAUAAGAUUCCUGAGCUGAGUAUCGAAUGCUUACCUUGACGCUGAAAAGAAAGCUGAAGGACUUAAAUUUCAUGAUAAACUUUAUGAACUAACCAAGAAGGUUAAGGAAUGCUCCUUCCAAGAAGUUAUGAUUAGGAAUAGAAUUCAUAUCUACAGAGAUAACAAUGGACAACUUGGAACUAUAAAGAAGGAUGCUGAGACUGGCUCUGAUCCUCAUAAUAUCAAAGCUUUGUGCACAAUUCAGCAAAUAAAAUCAGACUGUAUUCCAGAGAACCAGGUUGAGAAGGAACUGACUUCAGUUAUGGCCUCUCUUUCUCCCGCCUCAGUAGCUCUAGUUGAAGGAGCCUCUGGAGAAGGAAAUGAAGCUCAAGUCAACAAGAAAUUGAGUAAGUACGAUCAGGAUAGAAUGGCUGAAGCAGGAAGGAUGGCCAUUCAAUAUGAUUUAAUUGCUCUCUGAGAAGGUGCAUGUAAUGUCAUAUCAAGGUCAACUCAAGGAAGUCUCAGAGCUAAGAUUUGGACAGAAUACAAUAAAGCAGAACUUACUCUAAAAAAGAAAGGCAAACUGAUAGAUCCCCACACAGGAAUGAAGCUUAGCCUACAACAGCAGCAAGAUGAAGAAUUUGAAAGAAGGAUUGAAGCUUUGAAGAUUCUCGAAAGAGCAAUGGUAGCAAAUAAAAGCCUUGGAGACCCUGAUGUUAUCAUUGAAGGUUGUGUCCUUAUCUGGAACACUGCUAUCCCACUUCUAAAGUCUUCUACAAGAGGCUAUGUCUAUAAACCAUUCACAUCAGCAUCUAAUAUGUUGGAGCUUAUUCAAGCUAAUGAGAGCAAGCUUAGAGUGUGCCUCUAUCUGGAACUCGCAAAAUUCGAAAUUGAGCAAGACUUCAUCUCUAAAGCUGAGGAACAAAUCAGAAAAGCAAUGCUAAUAGAUUACUCUUUGGCUAAAGAUACUCUCCAAAUAGAGCUAAAUGAAGAUGAUGAGCCUGGAGAUUUCCAAAGAGAGUUUGAAAGAGUUCUCACAAGAAUGAAAAAGUGUAUUGACCUCAGACUCAACAUUCAUGGAGAGCCUGAUACUGAGAUUGAUCAGAUGGUUUUAGACAUUGAAAAUGCCAAAAGUACAGGAAAUAUGUACCUUAGAGAAACCUUGCUUGAUAAAGUCCUUCAGCAACUUCUAGAAUACACAGAGCCUGAGUUUGAACUCACUGAUGAACAAGAAAAAGACCUAAACGAAGAGCAGAAAGAGCAAGAAAGAAUAAAGUUCUCUAAAGAACUACUCAAAGAGAAGAAGCAAAGAAAACAUCUUGCCUCAGAGAUUGCUGACCUUGCAUUUGAUGCUAACCUUAUUGAGCUAGCCUUUGAAGCUGGGAAAGAAAGUAUCAAAGCGGAAUGGGAUCCUCAUAAGGACUCAGACCUUGUAAUUUCACAAUGUAAAUCAAAUUAUAUCGUAGCCCAAUGCUUUGUUGAGAUGCUUCUGGAAGAAGAGAUUGAAAUUGGAUACAAUGAUCUCAUCACUAUUACAGAAGACCAGGAUGAAAGAGAGUUCACAGAGGAAGAUCAUGUUAAAUACCAAGGGUGGAAAAAGAAGUUUUUAGAGCAUAUCCAAUCAGGUGUAAAAUUGGCCAUGUCUACCCUACAACCAGCACUUAUUUUCAAAGGGGCCAUUAUAUUCUGGAAUAACUACCUUCCUAUCUUCAAAAGACUUGACUACUAUGAUGUCGUGCUAAAAGAUGCUGUACCUGUGAUGCAGGAGUGCUUUGAAGGUAUGAACAAUACUUUCACUACUACAAAUUUUGGCACUGGAAAUAUUGACUACAACCUCAAUUUGAAACUGAACGUGUUUACUAACUUUUCUCAUAUCUACUGCAGAAUCCAGGAGAAGGAAAAUAAGGACGAGUCACUAAGAGUGUGUGAGAUAUUGCUUGAGAAGGAUCUUCCUCCUCAUCUUAGAAAAUUAUUCGACACAAUUAGAACCAGAAUUACUAAACAAGCUAAAGGGCCAGAGAAGAAGGAUAAAGGUAAAGGAGGUAAAGGAGAAGCCCCAGCUAAAGAACUCACUGAAACAGAGAUGAUUUCUGCCGAAGUUAUUGGUUUACUAGAGCUGAUUGCUUCAAACCUUCAGUCUGAUUCAAAUGCUGCAUUUAAUAUGGUCAAAGAAGCUAUGGAAAAGCUUACUCCAUGGAAUCCAAAUGACAAUGAAGAAAUAGAGCUUGAACUUCAUGCAGAGUUGUGGUGUAGAUUGGGAAGAUUAUCAAUUUUACUCAAGACCACUGAAGCAGCAAAGAUAGCUCUGUUUUGUGCAAAUAAAGUCUUGAAUGGUAUACCAAAAGUCAAAGAGCAAAAGAUUGAAAACAUUCCAAACACAAGACUGAGAUGGUAUUCUAUCGGAGAAGGGCUUUUUGGAGAAGCGAUAGCUGGACUUGUUGAUGAAUCAGUACAAGACAAAGAGUCAGUUAUCCGUUGCUCUGAGAAUCAAAUCACUCACUUUGUCAAAGGAUGAGAGCUUGCUUCAAAAGCUAAUCUAUCAUUUGUCCUUCUUGAACUAGCUAAACUCCUAUGGAAUGCUGUAAUCCCCAUGCUAGACUCAGCCUUUAACAGAAAGAAGUUGAUUACUCCAAUGUCAAAAGUCCAUGAAUUAUUGAUGAAGGCCAAAGAGAAUAAUGAUCCUGACUUCCUUGUGCUCUUCUACCACGGAAUGUUUACAUGAGUGACUGAGCAAAAGGAAUGGAAGCUUGGUGAAAAGAUGGUGGAUGAAGCCUUCACUUAUGUUCCACAGACCCAUCAGAAGGUACUCUGGGAAGCCAAAGCUCUUUAUCUCUCCAAACUAGGAAAGAAUGUCUUGAAUGCUAUCUCCAACAUGAAAGAGGGAGAUGCCACUCUGCAGGCAAAAGUGUGGGUCAAACUGGCAAAGAUCUUCAGCGAACCAGUAGAACAACAUAUGGCUUAUAACAAAGCAAUCGAGAUUAUGAACAAAGAAGAAAGUGCAGAAGUAGUUGAAAUCCUUAUUGACUACGCUGAAUGGCUGCACAGAAAUGAAUACCCCACUCUGGAUGUGGAAGACCAGCUCCUCCUUGCUGUAGAUGUUCUGCUUGAUCUCGAACCUGGAUGGGAUGAAGGAGAAGAUGAUGAGAAAGAUGAAGAAGAGAAAACCAAGACUAAGUCAAGAAAAUCAAGAGGUAGCAGAGCUUCCAGAGUUUCUAAGGCUAAAUCAAGAAUGUCCAAGAUGAGCAAGAGAACAGGAAAAUCUAUCAGGAAAUCUGUUGUAGGAAAAAGUGCUGUAAGUAGAGCUAGCAAGAGAACAGCAAUGUCUAGAACAACCACGAGAACUAAGAAGACCACAACUGCUUUGAGUAAGAGGGAAAAUGAAGACCCUCAGCCCUUAUUCAUGAACGUGUCUCACUUUGAUAAGCUUUUCAGGAUUCAUUCGAUGCUUACUUAUAUCUCAUAUGAUCAGAAAGAGAUAGCCCUUGAUGCUCAGUUCUUUAUCAUGAAGAUCUGGGAGUUGUCCUAUAAAACACUUAAUGCAAUGAAUUUCCUAGAGAAGCAUAAGGAUCAGGCUGAAAAGCUUGGAUUUAAUGAUCAAAAUCCAGAAGCAAGGUCAAACUUCUACAACGAAGUAUUUACUAACCCUGAAGUAGAAAUUCCUGAAUUGUAUACCUCUCCGGAGACACCUGAAGGUUGGAUUAGCUACGAACCUCAGGAAGAACUUUUAGAGAUGUGUAAAAAUCAUGAAGAUAAAACAAUGAUUGCUAAAUGGGCGUUCCAAAAACCUGAAAUAACUUUGUACCACAUUGUCCAGAUCAUUGAUCUUUUGGAGGCCCAUUAUCUACAUAUCCAGAUGAUCCCAAUUCUGAAGUUUGGAAAGGUAUUCACCUCCCUUGUAGUAGAAAAUGAAUACUAUAAAGAUAUCUUUGAAUUAAGACUUAUAAGAAUAACAUAUGGUUUUGGAACUGUCAAAGCUAAUUCUGAGAUCACAAAGAGCAUGCAAAGGCUGGCUCUGACAGAAUCGAUGAAACAAAAGCUAAUACAAGAGAAUAGUUCAGGAGGAAUGACUGCCAAACCAGACAUGAAAAGUAAGGAAGUCAACUUCCCUACAGUUGACAAGAAAGAUCCCUUUGGUAUUGAGAAGAUCAAGACUCACGAAGUCUGGAAGGAAGCAGCCAAGGAAUUACUCAAAUUUGGAAAUUAUCUUCAAGCUAAAGAUUUGAUACUAGAAUCAAUGCUUCAUGCAAGAUUGCUCAAAGAACAAAACAAUUACUCUGAGUGCUUACAUUUGCUGAGCAGAAUUGCUGAACUUGAAGGACAAAGUUCUAGUGCAAUUAAAUUAGGAAUGUAUUGUCUGAAUUACGCGAAAGAUAUCAAGUUAAUCUGCAAUUCUGUGUCAACCUCUCUCAGACAUUGCAUUGCUCUGGGAAAUAAUGAAGCUAAUAUCUUAAUGGAGAAAUCAUUAAAUCAUUUCAAGAGAAUUAGAGCUACAGUUGAUGAUAAAAUGAUUGUGCCUGAAAUAUCUUUUGCAUUACAACAUGUAUACUUAGACUGAGUCCAUUGGGAAGUCAUCCAGCUUGAUAAAAUUGGAGAUGAUAUAGAGGCGAAAAAUGCAAAACUCAAUGAAAUCUCAAGUCACCUUGACAACUAUGAUACACUUGUUCAUCAAUCAGGCACAAGGAUAGAACAUGUUUUAAAAACCUGUGAGAUUUCCAAGCUAUUAUACCAAUGCUUGGAGACUAACAAUAGUUUUAGUGAUGAAUCGAUCAAUCACUUAGAAACAAGACUUGAGAAGGGAGCUAAGUUAUUACUCCGUGCUCAGGAGCACAUUACUUCUCAGGUACCUUUACUCCCUAAUAGUCCAAUAUCUCCUUCUUCAAGAUCUAUCUCGCAUCCUCUUAAGAGACUCUUCGGAAUCAUAAAGCUCCGUUUGGCUCAAGCUAAUUGUGAAAUUGGUGUUUUCAGGACCUCUCUCAAGACCCAAGUUUCAGCAGAAGGUAGCCAGAAUAAGAGAGUUAUUGAAGAUCAAUUCCUUGAACUCAUCACUAAGCAGAUAGAUGCUCAAAACAGAAAUGUCAAGGUUGACCUGAGCAUCUAUGAAAAGAGCAUCGUCCUCCUAAACAACGCUAUGAACUUGCUAGACUCAAGAUGUGAAGAGUACUGAGAAUGUGUCGUUGAAAUUGCGAGGUGUAAAAGACUCCUUGCUUUUGAAAAGAAACAUAUCAGAAGUGUCUGGCGCCAAGACGCUAAUGAAAUCAAUGAUGCCCUCAACGAAAGUCUUGUCGAUGAUGAAAAAGAACCAGACGAAGACUUUGAAGAUGUCAAUGCUAACUAUAAGGAAGAAGCCAUUAAGUCCUUUGUUGAAAUUCUUUCUAAUCUUGGCCUGAUGGCAAGGAUUAUAAGUCAUUUUGAUCUUGGAAGACAAAAUUUACUGUCAAAAUUAGCUCUAGAAUAUGCAGAAUGUAAAGGAAAUACUAACAAAGAGCAAUGCUUUGCAUCAUUAGCUCUGUAUCAAUAUGCUAUUUCAAGAAAAGAGUUGUUAGAUUUCUUCAUUAAAGCUUGUGAUUCAAACCAUCCUGAUCUUCUCAGAAGAAUGCAAGUUGAAAGAGCCAAGACUGAGUUUAAGAGCUAUAGCUCUCCUGAGUUCCCAAAGGUGAUAAAUGAGAAUGAAAAGAAACUUUUUGAAGAUAGUAAUGGCUUCAAAAAUAUAAACGCUUCCUUUAAUUUCACAGAGGAGAUCAAAAAGACUCUUCCUCAUUCAAGUGGAUAUCUGAUUCUCCAGUUUUCCAAAAACAUGCAAAGUCUGUAUGUUGGAUUUGCAAAAGUAGAUAAAGAUCAGAAAUAUGAAUAUUAUCUCACAAAACUCACUUUGUCAGAUUCAAUUAUAGAGGAACUGAAUGCCAUUAAAGAAAGAAUAGUCUCUCUUCAUAGUUACAUGUACAAAACUCCUAUUACGAUCCAGGAAGAUUUGGAUAUUAUAGAGAAAGAUGCUGAGGAAGAGCUCCAAUCUAUCAUCUCUCAGACCCAAGACUUCCUAAAGCCUGUCUUUAGCCAACUCGAUGGGAUAAUUAAUCCUGUUAUAGAAGAAAAUGAAGGGGAAGAAGAUAAAGAAGCUCCUCCAGAGCCUAAAUAAAGGAAAAGAUGCUGCUAAAGAUAAUAAGAAAGGAGCUAAAGAUGAGCUUCCAAAAUAUGAAAGCAACCUCCCCCUUCCUACCUCUGGGAUAGAAUCUAUGGUAUUGCUUCUUGAUUCAAGAUUGAGUCCUUUACCUAUUGAGGCUUGUGAAAUAUUCAAAUCCAUCCCUGUAUUGACAAGAGAUUUCUCAUUGCAUAUGUAUACUAACAGACUAAUGAAUCUUGGCCAUAAAGCUGAACUUCACAACAACAAUGGUAUUGCAAAGGAUAGCAUCAAGUACAUUUACGAUAUUCCUAAGAGUAUUUCUGAGAAAUUUAAAGAAGACAUUAUUGAUCAGCAUACCAAGCUAGUCCAAGGAUCUACUUGGAGUGGAGUUGAAACCUCUGACCAUAUCCCUUCAGAUGGUGAGUGGCAAAGAAUGCUGAAGGACUCUUCCCUCUUCACAUAUUUCUCACUGACAUGUCUUCUGCAUGUGUACUCUCCUGAGAAGCUAUCUGAAACUAUUAGCAUUACAAACACCAAUGCUGCUAUUAUAUUGGACAGGAUGAACUCCUUCAAGCCUUUGAUUAACAAAGAUGUGUUGAUAAGUGAACACUUUAAAGAACAAGACCAGCCUGAGCAAACAGCUGCAUUGCUCUCAAUAAUGGGUCUCAACUCAGUCCUGAUCAACCAAUGGGCAAUUUGUCCAGAAGAGAAUAUGAGAAUCUACAAACAUGUUCUUGAAGAAAUGGGGGUUAACGGAAAAUAUAUUGGAGCUUCAGUCCAAAGACAUGAAGAAAAAGUUACAGAGACCAUUGAAACCCAAGAGAACCAAGCAGAUGAAGUUAUUGAGAAGAAGGUGCCAAGGAAGGCAAUCUACAGACUCAAUACAAUUUGCUAUGGAGUACCUCUGAAUAGGAUCAGUUAAUUCCUGAGAUUCAAUAUUUUGAUUGCG